CCCUGUGUGUGUAGAUUGACGGCAGCCCGACACUCCUCCCUGCUCAGUCGACAGCAGCGGAUCCUCCUCCUCAGUCUCCCCCGCGUCCUCCGCCUCACACACGGCGUCUCUGUCCGCUCGACCCCCGGUUCCCGUGCGUGGGACUCAACGCGUGUCGUUCUGGGGGGAUAUUCCUCCAUUCCUCCAUUUUCCUGCCUCUCUGUCGGAGCUUGAGGAGCCAGCACCGAGCGCAGCCCGUGUCUCAGCCUGCACCGGUGGGCGGAUAAAAAGCGGAGGAGGGCAUCCGGAGCAGGGCCCGGCAGCUCCGCGGAGUCGCCGUGAAACCCACGGAAUUCACCAUUUUCAGGCUGCACACUGCCCCGCUAUGGAGAAGAUGAAGAGGAUCAAGAAGCGCUUGUCGUUAACGCUCCGCUCCAGUCACACCAUUGACGAGUCCCUUUCUGAACUGGCCGAGCAGAUGACCAUUGAGGACAGUGGCACCAAGGACAAUGAGCCCUUCAUGAGGAACGGCCGCCCCCCCACCUCCCACAGCAUGCACUCCUUCCUGCACCAGUACACCGGCUCCUUCAAGAAGCCCCCGCUCCGCCGGCCACACAGCGUCAUCGGUGGCACCCUGGGAUCCUUCAUGGCUAUUCCACGCAACGGCAGUCGUCUGGAUAUUGUACAUGAGAACUUGAAGAUGGGAUCAGACGGGGAGAGCGACCAGGCGUCUGGAACGUCGUCAGAUGAGGUUCAGUCUCCGACCGGCGUCUGUCUGAGAAACCGAGUCCACCGGCGGAUUUCCAUGGAGGACCUCAACAAGCGUCUGUCGCUGCCAGCUGACAUCCGAAUUCCCGACGGUUACCUGGAGAAGCUGCAGCUCAGCAGUCCGCCCUUCGACCAGCCGCUCAGCCGACGCUCCCGCCGGGCUUCUCUGUCGGAGAUUGGUUUUGGGAAGUUGGAGACGUACAUAAAGCUGGACAAGCUGGGAGAGGGAACCUACGCCACAGUAUUCAAAGGACGCAGUAAGCUUACGGACAACCUGGUGGCGCUGAAGGAGAUCAGGUUGGAGCACGAGGAGGGAGCACCAUGCACUGCCAUCAGAGAAGUUUCAUUACUGAAGGACCUCAAACACGCCAACAUCGUGACGCUACACGACAUCGUUCACACUGACAAGAGCCUCACGCUCGUCUUCGAGUACCUGGAUAAGGAUCUGAAACAGUACAUGGAUGACUGUGGAAACAUAAUGAGCAUGCACAAUGUGAAGAUCUUCCUGUUUCAGAUAUUGCGAGGGCUGUCAUACUGUCACAAGAGGAAAGUUCUCCACAGGGACCUGAAGCCUCAGAACCUCCUCAUCAAUGAAAAAGGAGAACUCAAACUGGCUGAUUUUGGUCUGGCGAGGGCCAAGUCUGUCCCAACUAAAACCUACUCCAACGAGGUGGUGACUCUUUGGUAUCGGCCUCCUGACGUUCUGCUGGGAUCCUCUGAGUACUCAACACAGAUCGACAUGUGGGGCGUUGGUUGUAUAUUUUAUGAGAUGGCUGCAGGUCGGCCGCUGUUCCCCGGCUCCACAGUGGAGGACGAGCUCCACCUCAUCUUCAGGUUACUGGGAGCGCCCACAGAGGAGAAAUGGCCGGGAAUCUCCUCCAUCGAAGAGUUCAAAUCCUACAACUUCCCCAAAUAUAAACCACAGCCGUUAAUCAACCACGCUCCCAGGCUGGACAGCGAAGGCAUCGAGCUGCUGCUGUCUUUCCUCAGAUACGAAUCCAAGAAGAGGAUUUCAGCAGAGGAAGCAAUGAAACAUUCCCACUUCAGGCAGCUCGGGAUGAGAGUCCACACUCUGCCUGAGAGUGUAUCAAUAUUCACAUUAAAAGAAGUACAGCUGCAGAAAGACCCCGGCUACAGGAACUCCUCGUAUCCAGAGUCAGGUAACGGCAAGAUCAACAGGAGGCAGAGCAUGCUCUUCUAAUGUUCAGUGACGGUCGACUGCCCACCCUCAUCAUCACUUCCCAACAAAAUCUCGCAUGAGCCCACCUCCUUUCAGAGUGACACCCCUCCAACUACCUGCACACACACACACACACACAUACACACACACACACCCCUCUGAGCGAGUGACUCUGGGUUGAACCUGUUUGGAAACUGUGUUUAUUUAUUGGGGGGAACGGGGUGAGGUUGAAUUUAUUUGCUGCUAAACAACUACUGUCUGUAUUUAACACACUGUUUGUGUGCCUGUGCAUGUGUGUGGGUGUGUGUGUGUGUGUGUGUGUGCGUACAUGAUGUGAACUCGAGAUGCCGUGCACAGUUCAGCAGUCAGUAAGGUUACUAUUUCUUUGUCUUCUGACUGCGAUUCUCUGGCUUCGUUUGAGUUAAAAUUCCACGGAUGUUGAUGUUGACGCUGUGAUCCCAAGUUGUUGUUCUUGUUGUCGUGCUCGGAGACCGAACGCUUCAGUUUCUCCAGAUUUUUUUGUUUUUAUAAAUAUGUAUAUCUAUAUAAAUAUAUAUAUUUGGAGUUUAUGUUUUGUUUUCCUUCGAGCUUCCUUGACUAAACUCUACAGCAUUUCCAGGUUUAGAAAGCCGGGGACAGCAAAAUGGUCUUGGUUGGUAAAAAUGAUUCCUCUGGAUUCCUUUUCAUCAGUCGUCCAUAACAUUUCAGACGGACUCUUCUUUGAGAGGUUACACUGAGGGUCAAAAAGCAGGUCUGUGAUCGGACUGUGUUAACUGAGGGUUAAGAAGCACACAGAGCCCAGUGAAGCUGGGAGAACCCUAAACCAACUUAUGGUUCUUUUCAGCCAAUCUGGCUCAGCAACAGGACCGAACCUGAAGAACAGGGGAAGGCAAACAGUUGGGAAGAUGAGCAGAAAGCACAGAUUAUAGAGGAGGAAUACUGGAGCCGAACAGGAAGCCACGUGAUAUCCCACAGGAAGCCAACAAGCCUUUUCGUAAGACCCCUCACAAAACUGCCAGGACUUCUGCGUUUUUUUUCCCGUUUUUUUUCUUUUAAUGCAAGCUACACCUUCCCGCUCUGUGUGCAUUUGCAGAUCUCACCGCAGACUCUUUGUUUUUAACUUGCACUUCAGUGUGGUGUUAUGGAAUCAGGGACCCGGGCCUCGACACGGCCGAGUUUACCCAACAGUAUUAAGAUGUGUACUCUGUAUCUGUGAACUUUGACCUCUCCUUGUGAAACAACAGUGUCAUUGUGGCAUGUUUUGGGAGGGGGCGGGGUUGGCGGGGUGGGAUAGCGGGGACCAGUAUAGUGUGUUUUAAAGCAAAAUGGUUGUUUUCCACUUCGGACCACUGCUCUCUCCAGCUUUUCUACACAAGACGAAAAAAGAAAAGAUUUCAAAUUGAAAUGUCCGAUUUAACUGCCCGCUGUGUUGUUUGCAACUGACAGUGAUGCUACAGAUGCAGCAUGUUGAUAGGUCUCACUUUUGACAGCUUUUUGCUGUUACUGCAGCUUAUUGUCUGUCGAGAUUUGAAUGCGCAACAACACUAGAGUUCUCUGAUCGGUGGAACAAAUUCGAAGCGUGCAGGGAGCACCAGUAGUGCUCGAUCAGUAACAGAUUAAUGUAAUAAACAUUAACGUAAACACAGUUUGCAGCUGAUGGUGUAAUAAUCCUGUAAACACACUGUACUGCCUGUCAUUCCUGUAGUUUGUCCUUUCAACUUGUUUAAAUGUUUAAUGAUUUGAUCAAUUAAAGCUCAGCACAAACGGUUACAGCCGAUAGAGAUGAAGAUAUCGUACAUGGUUACAGUUAUUGUGUUCAUACUAAAACACGCUGUAUUACAUUGACUCACAGACCUAUGUUUUUCCCUUAUAUUACAUGAUAAUGCAUUUUUGGAUGCUUCACUUAAAGACCUGUUAUCAAGGAUAAGGAUGAAAGUUGAUUCCAAUAUUAGCUGCAAACUGUGUUUCUGCUAAUGGAGCAUUUUGUAUAUGAACAGCAGUAACAUGCAUGAAAGGAGAUUUCUACAAUGGCAAAUUAUUUAUCAUUGUAAAACUGUACUUUUUUCAAACGUAUGAAUGACCUGACUUCAUGUGAACAUGUCUGAAUGCGUGUGUGUGUGUGUGUACGUGUGCCUGAUGCAUGGAAGGCCUGCUGUGUUGUGAAUACGACCUCUCUGAAACACUGAGCUGCCGGUGAACAGUUGGUGUGUGACUUUUUACUGGAACUAUUUAUUUCUCAUAACCAUCGAAAGUAAAUUUAAUCUGUUUCAUAAACAGUCUGUGCAGCCGUC